UCAGAGAAUGUUUGAAAUACACACUGUUGACCUCUCUGCAUGUAUAUGAAUGUUGUAUGUCGAACUUUAGAGCAUCAUUUGGAUGUAUCUGUGGAUCCAAUGUGUGAUUAUAAAGGACACCCCUCCUCCCAUGUUCCCGUCUGUCUUGGUGGGGGUGGGGAGUGCUUGGUUCACAGUACGAUUUUUAUAAUAAUUGAGCCUCCCUUCAACCUUCCCCGUCUCUCUUGUUUAUCUCUUCAGCGAAAGCAGCACAUUGAAGCGCCAUGUUAAUUCCACUGCCUGAAUGCGUGCCUGCACGUUCUCGAAACGGCAAACCAUUGCGGGAUCAUGAAGGCUCCCUAUCACGCUUUUCGAUUUCUAUUCAAGCGUCCCUGGUCCUUGAAUUAUCUAUGCAACGGAAUACAUUCCCAUCACCCACAGAAUAUUCGUUAACAGUGGGAGACGGCGCGGCCAGACCGUGUUUGAUUCCCACACAAAUGUCGUUAUUUGAGAACGAAAACCAUGUUUUAGCAGGACCCCAGGAUUACCACGCGGUGUACAUGUGAGAAUAUCUCACUUCUGGGUGCAAGACAUGGUUUUAAGGAGCUGAACGGGUAAAGCUAGCUGCAUCUGAAGGGAGGUUUCUGCACCUUCAGAGCUUAGAAACAGACAACCGCCCAGGUGGGGAUUCCCAGAACGGGCAGGACACCGGGAGGAAGGAGAGCUCAGCUCCGAGUCAAUGCAGCAGCAGAGCCGGCAGCCUGACCUCGUGGAAGGAAGCCUUCCCGUGUUUGUGUUUCCCACAGAGUUGUUCUUCUAUGCUGAUGAGCAAGCCUCCCACAAGCAGGUGCUCACCCUCUACAACCCUUACGAAUUUGCCCUUAAAUUCAAAGUACUGUGCACAGCGCCAAACAAAUAUGCGGUGGUGGAUGCCACAGGGGCCGUCAAACCACAAUGCUGCGUUGACAUCGUGAUCCGACACAGAGACGUGCGUGCCUGCCACUAUGGGGUGAUCGACAAGUUCCGGCUGCAGGUGUCGGAGCAGAGCCAGAGGAAGGCUCUGGGCAAAAAGGAGGUGAUGGCCACGCUGCUGCCCUCCUCGGCACAGGAGCCCCCAAACCCCCGGCCGCAGGAGGACGAGCGCCGCAUGAAGGAGCAGCUGGCCGACAGCGUGUUCUUUGAGCAGACUGCAUUCCAGACAGGUAACCCAGUGGCUGGGUUUUGGAGACUUAGAGGCACGGCAGCUAACUACAGAGCAGCUCGAGAGACUGAGAGCCGUGCCGUGUCGGGUGGGCCGAGCCUCCUGACAGUGCUGCUGGGGCUGGUGUGUAUGGCUGCCCUCAUGCUGCCCACACUGGGCGAGCAGGAAUCCACAGUGCCUGUCUACCUCCACUUAAGUGUUAACAAGAAACUUGUAGCUGCUUAUGUUCUAGGUCUUCUUACAAUGGUCAUCCUGCGGACAUGAAGCAAUGCAAAAACGUGACCCUCAAUCAAGAGAGGGGUAAAGAAGAACAGAAUGGGGAAAACGUGCAGGGGGCAAUGAGGGACUCCCCUCCGCCAUUUUAACUGCUUACAAAAACAUAAACGACAAACACAAACUCAUACUGUACAAACCACAAACGCUGAGGCCGUGGGAGGGAACUUCUUCGUGUGGGAGUGUGUUGUCCAGACACAAGCACUGACUGAGCCUGGAGCACAGGCCCGGCCAAGGGGUUGGGCGCGGGUGCUUUGUGUGAAAUCAUGAGGGGGUGGGCGAUGGGAUGGGAUACAUUAAAUUAAACAUGUUUGUUUUACUCCAUAUUCUUGUGUGUUUUGUGUAGUUUAAUAGGCCUUGCAUUAUCUUGGACAACUGUGCCAGGUUAAAUGCACUAGUAGUCACUCACCAGGCCAGAAGCUUGUAUUUGGCCUUAUUUACACAGGUCAUGCUCUGCACUCUUUACUCAAUCACUUGUUACUUGCUACAUCUGUAUCUAAGAAAACUCAACUAAAUAGUUCUUCUAUACAAAUAAAGUAAAGCUUUCUAAA